GUCACUUCCGGGAUAAACAAGGGCAUGUGUUGAGUAACAAACCUUGCUAACCCUUGUCUGUGUCUUAACUAAGCGGGGUUCUUCCGUUUUAUCUAACAGUAUCUCUUUGUAAACUGUUAAUAAUCCUUCCUUUAGUCGCUGUUCAUGGCGGCCUCAGCUCAUGUCUCUCAUGUCCGUUCACUGUACAAGAGGAUCCUGGUCCUGCACCGGUUUCUGCCCAUAGACCUCCGAGCCCUAGGGGACCAGUAUGUCAAAGACGAGUUCAGGAGACACAAAAGUGCAGCAGCCGAAGAGGUGAAGAGCUUCAUGGAAGAGUGGGAGAACUACAAGGACACCCUGCAGACCCAGAUACUGGAGGCAGCGACAGGCCAAGCCAAGUUGGUCAAGUUCGGAGUCGACCUAUCGGAAAAGAAACUCAACGACUUCCAGGACGACCAGAUAGGACAGCUGUACGAACUCAUGCUGGAGUCCUCCAAACCCAACAGACAGUUCAACAUCCAGGAGGACGGAUCCGCCAAAUAACGGCAGCCCCAAGAAAGGCAUGCAGAUAACAUAUAAAGAAAACAGAGGGUGCUGUAAUUUAUUUUAACCAGGAAAUGUAUCGCCUCUGAGUGCUUCAGAUGAACAGUGCCGCUCAAAGGCUUUUGGGAAUAUUGGAUUAUUUUAAUUUAAGCGCUGUGUAAUAUCUCUGUGUUUGUGUCUUUUAUUCUAUCUCUGACAAUAAAAAGAGAUUCCUCAGGCUACAGUGCAGCCACAAGGUGCAUUAAGGUGGCACUAAUUACUUUCCUUGUCAACUUGUUUGCAUGAAUACAAUUCUGAGCUCAUGGAUGAAAGGCACAACUGAAGCGAGGGCUUCACAUCAUCGAUGGCGCUUUCAGCCUCAGCGCUGAUGUCACCAUUGUUGGGGUGAAGUCCUCAUUAUCCAUGUGGAAACGCGAACACUCGGGUCGGCUCCGACACAAAAGCCGUGAACUGUGCAGAGAGAUCGAGAGGCGUUGGGAGAACAACUGGAGAGGGCACCAUUGUUGACGUGCUGUUUGCAUCCCACGGAGUUCAGACUUCAUCUGUGGAAGUAAAAGGUCAUCAGUCAUGCACAAUCACAAGUCAAGGGUCUGUGUUUGAAAUGUGAUGCAGUUCCAAACAGAAAACCCACCUUCCUUCUGCUCAGUCGUCUUUUAUGAAAGAUAUUUUUUCUAUCAUUGUAGAAAUACCUCCUGUUCUCCUCCUCUGGACACAGUUUAACAGCUUCUCAUUUAAAUUCACUGUUCUGUAUUUGUGUCCUGUAUAAUCUACUCUUUGGACUGUUUAAUUACAAUUAUAUAAAUGUAAUUCUUGCCUUUG